UUGCAGGCUAAGCCAAUGAGAAGUCUUUAGAACACGGGAAGAGCACAGAAACCUACGCCUUUCCGAAAUCUCUGCAGUUCCGUGCUCUCGUCUCUGCCUAAAUCCUUCGAUCGGUGUCUGAUCGAGCAAAUGGGUUUCUCGAAGGAUCAGUUGCUUGCACGAUUGCAGGAACUUCAAGUUGAUUAUUUCCAGUAUGAACAUCCAGCUGUUCUAACUGUUGAAGCACAGGCAAAGUAUGUUAGCAGUACUGAUGGCUCACUCAGUAAAAACCUUUUCUUGAAGGACAAGAAAAAUCGGUUUUACAUCGUUUCUGCUAUGGUUGAUACGAAAGUAGACAUGAAAGUUUUAUCUCAGAGACUCGGUCUGGGAAAAGGAGGAAUAAGAAUGGCUCCUGAAGAUGCACUUGGGGAGAUAUUGCAGGUAUCGCUUGGAUGUGUUACCCCGUUUGCAGUUGUAAAUGAAUCAGCAAGAGAUGUUUCACUCUUGUUAGACCAAAAAUUCAAGAACCAAGCACGCUGCAUCUUCCACCCGCUGUCGAAUGAAGUGUCAAUUUCACUCAACACUUCAGGUCUCGACAAGUUUCUCAAGUCAUUAGGGAGAGAACCUGUUUACGUUGACCUUGAGGAUAACCCGCCUGUUGGUAAAGAUCAGCCUCCCGAUCUAGCCGCUCAUGUUCCCUCUGGGUCAAUUGUUCAUCCCGAACUUCCAAGUAAGACACCAUCCGGUCAGUGCUCUCCUGCAAAUAAUUUGCCAAAAGAGAAGAAGCCCGUCCCUGCUCCAGCCAAACCGAGCAAACUAUCUGGUAACGUGAAGAGCGUUAUGGAAAAUUCAGCCCCUCUACCAUUCAAGAACCCCGAGAAUUUCGUGGAGGAGAUUUUGGACAAGACAUCAGCUCUAUUGUUGUCCGAAAUUAAGGAAGAUGGUGUCAUGCAGCACGGUGACAAGCUUGGGACCGUUUUGGCAGACGCUCUCAGAAAACGCCUUGCUCCAGAUCUCACCCACCUCGCCAUUAUGUACAAGAAUACGGCCUACACGGAAGGUUUUCACGCCGGUACUCGUCACCAGCCGAAGCGACUGUAGGUUCGGUUUGCGUGGUUAACCGGAGAGUACCAGGAAAGUGGACCGGUUACUUUACUUGGUUGGAUUUUUCUUUCCUUUUGUUCCCAACAUUUGAGUUAGACUGGAAAUUUGUAAUAGUCCAUGAUUCUAAUUAUUAUAUUUUUAAAAACGAUCUAUAAUACAAUUUGAAUGUCUAAGAGGUAUCAA